AUGGAGUCAGAUGCCCUGGAGAGAGACAUGUGGAAUGUCUUACUGAGAUAUGGUUUGGACAGGAGAAAACUUGCAGUUUUCAGUUCAGAUGAAGCAUCAGCGAUUGCACAUCAGAUUUGCGAUGAUCUGGGUCUUAUUUGUGAGCAUGUUCAUGAGGAGAUUGUUUCAGGCUGGUUAGGUACUGUUUCUCAGUCGGAGCCUUAUCAGAAACGUCUACGUGGAGAACAUCAGCAUGACCCUUUGCAUGUUGGAAGCAUUUUGCAGUCCAGUUUCACAAGGAAAUCAACAGCGACAGGUUUGACCGGUGCCUUAGGCAGCUCAAACAGUGAUGCAAGUUGGGUUCCGAUUAGUAGGAGACAAAGGGUUACUGCUGAGCAGACGUUGGCAAAACAUAACCAUGAGGAGACUCAGAAGGAGAAAUGGGCAAAGGAACUCUAUUUGGAACUGUUAAAAAUUAAUGCACCUGUUUUGAAUGGUAUGGAAGUUUGUGUUAAUCAGGAACGCAUUCAUGUGGCUAUAGCUGGCAAGACACGUGCAAGCACUUUGAAGCGUUACGUCAAGGCUUGGAAGGACUGGCAGUCAUGGAAGCAUUUGACAUGGGGAGCUGAUUCUUUUGUACACCCUGGCAUGUUCUGUGAAUACCUUUUUACACGUUUCGAUGAACCCUGUGGUGCCACUAUUCCAAAUUUCAUUUGCAAAGCAGUUGCAUGGUUUGAGAAAACAGCUGGUUUGCCGGAGUCAGAAGUUGUUGCAACUACAAAGGCAGUUUGUCAGAUCAGGGAUUACAUAACUGAGAAGUUGGCAGCAGACACCCCGCCCAUCAGAAGGGCUCCACGGUAUCCGGCAGUGGCAGUCGAGUCCUUGGAGAUGGCUGUCAUGGACACGGAACAGACAGUUGGAUUCAGGGUCAUUGCAUGGGUGAAAUUGUUGAAGAUUUGGGGGGCACUUCGUUUUGAUGAUAUGCAGAAAAUCAAACCUGCUGAACUUCAUUUUACAGGUGAGAGACUUACGACAACACUCAGGGUAACAAAGACGUCAGGGCCUGGGAAGAGAGUACAGGAGUUGCCAGUCUGUAUCUCAGAGAAGGCUUUCAUCUGGGACAAAUCUUGGAUCUAUACUGGAUUUCAGUUGUUGAAGCAGCAUGCGGGUUUUGAGAGGGACUAUCUUUUGCCGAAGCUGACAGACAACUGGGCUGGUUUUCAGCGCAAGUUUGCAACAUAUCAGGAUGUCACUUCAUAUUCAUGCCGUUUGAGAAAGAAUCUGGUAGGACUGUAUGAUUUCAGUCCUGUUUUCCCUGAAGAACUGGCGUCUUUUUGGACGGAACACAGCGAGAGGGCAACACUGCCUACAGCCUUGGCUAUGCUUGGAGUCGAGACCUCAAAGCGUGAUCUGGUAGGCAGAUGGAAACCAGAUGCAAGUGAUACAUAUGUGCGGUCAUACAAUGGUUUGGUGUCUCAACUUCAAGGAUUGUAUGGAAAAGCAAUGAGGAAACCACAUCGUUUUAAAACUCUGGAUGAAAUUGAUGUAGCAGAGAGUGCAGAUGCAUGGCUUCGGAACAGAAAAACGGAGAUUGCUGAAGAGGAGCGCAGUGAACUGGUCAGCAAGUUAAUGUUGGCAAUGGAUUCUUUUGCAUCAGAUGGCACCUGGGAGCAUCCAGCAGAACAACCUCCUGAAGGAACCGAGGGGGACGUCUUGGAAGAGGUUCAGGCGCAUUUCUUCGAGAAUGGUGUGGUGACGGUGAACAAAUUUUCAUCCUUUUUCAGGGAUGAGCAGGAUUUGAUAGAGGUUUUGCGCACCGAGUUCAACAUCGAUGCAGCAGCUUCACUGGCAGAAAGGGCACAGGUGGCAUCGGUUAUUUGCUCAUGGAAAGAUACUCUUACAAAAGCCAAGCGACAAGCGGAGGUGGAAGCUGAGAUGAGUACAAGGGAAUGGACUAAACCCAUUCCAGUGGGAGACUACGUCCAACUCAGGAAUUUCUUCCAAACAACUGUUGGACACGUGGAAGAUCGAGUCAUGCCUUCGAAAGAAUACCUUGAGAAAAAGCUGCAAGAACUGGAAAAUGGUGAAUUUCGUGCAGAGACGCUUGCAGAAGUGGUUUCAAAGGAUGAAAUCGACCCGGACGUUUUAGUCCCGAUCUUCGACAGCAAAGGAAGCCUUUCAGUCAAGAAAGGAAGCACCAAUGUACCGCUUCCGACAGGGCCAGAGCAGCUUCGCAGGAGGCUAAACGUGAUGCAGAACUGUUUGAUGAUGUUGGCUCUCAAGCAUGUGAAUAGAGAAGAGAUACAAGAUGUUAGCAAAGAGGUCUUCGAUAAGUACAAAGACUACAUCUUGGGCGACUAUGUUUGGGGGCUCAGCUCAACGGAUCUGAAUGGUCAACAGAUUCAGACGCCACCAUGGAGCCUGGUAUUAUCAUAUGAGCAUGCAAUCAGAAAGCGGGCCUACACGUUGAUGCAGACGGAGAGGCUCAUGAUUGGGGCGGCUUUGGAAAAGGCAUGGAAAUGCCCUACCACGAAAGAGCGGCAUUUCAUUACACUGUUGGCACUGUAUUCAAAGAGAUCAUACACCCCGGGUACAAGCUCAACAAGCCCAGGGACAUGGAACCCGAAAGGAAAAGGAAAAGGCAAGAGCAAGACAAAGGGUCCACAGAAAGGAUCUGGACAGAGUCCCAAUGGUGAGAAGAUAUGCUACAGGUUCAAUGCGGGCAAGUGCAGUUAUCAGAAGUGCAAGUUUGCGCACCUUUGCAGCAAAUGUUUUGCAAAGGGCCACAACGCGUUGAAUUGCAAGGAGAAGCCAACGCCUGUAUGCAAGUUGGUACAAGACAUGGAUACAAUUGUCAUUUUUGAGAAUCCGGAGGAUCUAGGUGAAGAGGGCUGUAAACUGGUGAAAAACGAUGCCUUGUCAUCCCAACUGGUACAAUUGUGGUGCGACAGACUUCAUGGAGAAGGUUACAACACAGAGAACAUUCAACAUGUUGCGGAAGGGCAGCCCUUCAAAUUGCGACUGAUGGAAGCCUUACUGGAUAGGGCUGGGGACCCUGACCACAAAUUUCUUCUGCAGGGAGAAAGCGGCUAUCCGGUUGGGGUGUUACAUCCCCUACCAAGGACGCCACAUAUGUACGAGGAGCAGACUUCAUGGAAGCUGGAAGAUGACCCCUAUAUGAAAGCAGAGAUAUGGAGAAACAACUACGAUUCGGUGGGUGACCAUGAAGAAUUUGUAAGGGAACAUUUUGCAGAAGAGUGCAAAGAAGGCUUGAUGGAGAAACUAACUUUGGAACAAGCACAUGAGAGGUUUGGUUCGAAGGUGGCAAUUUCUUCGCUUGCAGUCUUGGUGGAGGAAUCUCAUGGAAAUAAGAAACGCAUCAUCCACGAUGCGACACACGGGACGAAGGUGAACAAUCGUAUCCGUUGCAGGGAUAAACAAAGGAGUCCUGGAGCUAGGGAGAAGAUGUAUUUGCUUGCGUAUUACAAAGCAAGGGGUGACAUUGUUUUCAGUCUGGUUGGGGAUAUCAGCAAAGCUCACCGACGUUUCCUACACGAACCUUCUGAAUGCGGGCUCUUGGCAUGCAGGGUCAAGAACGAUGAUCCUUUUAUCUUCAUCAACAAGGUUGGAACCUUUGGCGUAGCAUCAGCAAGUUACUGGUGGGGAAGGAUAGCGGCGUCUGGUAUCCGCUUGACCCACGAAUUGCUUGGACCAGAGCGGCCUAUUGAGAUGCUCAUUUUCGCUGAUGAUUUGGAAUCGCUUGGAGCUGGGAUACAAGGUAGAAGGGGCAUAGUGUUAUCCUAUUUGUAUCUUGCAACUAUGGGCUUUCCUUUCAAAUGGAGCAAACAACGGGGUGGCUUGAAGGUGGAAUGGAUCGGUCUUUUUACCGAUUACACUACAAUGAGAUUGGGCCUGUCCGAAAGCAGAGCGGCUUGGAUGGAAAAUUGGACAAGAAAGAUGGCUCAGACAGGUCGCACAACAUCAAAGGAGAUGGAACAAGGACUUGGCCGAUUGGGCUUCGCAGCGAACGCCUUGACAUGGGAGAGGGGCAUCUCAACUGCCACCUACUACAGCACGUUGGUAGCAGAUCCACCUGUUCAGAUUUAUGAAGGUGCUGAUGAAAUUUUGUCUUUCAAACAAAUUGGAGUCAAAGCCGUAAAGAAUGCUGAUUCACGUUUGUGGGCAGACAAGCUCUCUUGGGAGCGCAAAUGUGCGUAUAAGAAGUGGGUUGGCAUCAUUUUGUGGCAGGUCAGCGCUUUUGACAUUGCAAGGCAACAGGUCACUUGCCACACCAUGGAGUUUGCCAGAGGUGGUUUGCUGGAGUCUGUGAAGGACUCUUUGGGAACGAAGGCUUCAGCCACACUGCACUCAAGGGCUGGACCUAUUUUGCAAUACAUACAGUUUUGUGAGGACCGUGGCAUUCAAGCAUUUCCACUGGUUGAACCCAUUGUGUAUGACUAUGUGAAGUCAUGUGAAUCGAAGGCUGCAACAUAUGCUAGAUCAUUCUUGCUGGCGUUGAGUUUUACCAAUUUCCAUUUUGGGCUCACUGGGACCGUGAGCAUCAUGAGUUCAGGGCGUAUCAAAGGACUGGUCAAUACGAUGUAUGCAAAGAAGAGGAAGUUAAUGCAACGUCCUCCUCUUACUGUCAGUCAAAUCGUCCACCUAGAGGACAUUGUGGUCAACAGCCACAAGACUGAGUACGACCGUGUAGCGGCUGGGUUCUUUCUCUUCGUUUUGAUGGGGAGGCUUCGUUUCAGCGAUGGUCAACAGGUUUGCCAGUUACAGCUUGAUCAACAACCGGAUGGUUUUGGGUUUGUAGAGGCGGUUGCAGCCAAAACCAAGACGUCAGUGUCGUUGGAGAGAAAGACACGGCAUCUACCAGUAGCUGUGCCGCUGAUCCCAUUCGGAGAUCAACAGUGGCUGCCAACUUGGCUGGAACUGAGAAAGAAAAUUUUUGGAAAUUUGGCCAACAGCAAGGAUGAUUUCAUUCCUCUCCUUCCUGCUCCUGCUGCAAAUGGGUCCUGGUCCAAGAUGCCCUUAUCUGUGACCUCAGGCGCCAAUUGGUUGAGGAGUUUGCUCCAUGACACUUUGGAUCCUCGUGGAACGCCCGUGGGCACACACAGUUUGAAAGCAAGCUUGCUUUCCAUGGCGGCGAAGUACGGGUUGCCUCACUCUCAGCGCAAGUUGCUGGGAUACCAUGCUGGCAGCAAAGAGCAGAGCAUGCUGUGCUACUCCAGGGAUAGCAUGGCAGAACCCCUUCGUCAAAUGUGUGAGAUGAUACGGGCUGUGAAGAACAAAGCUUUCUUACCAGACUGUUCACGUUCAGGCCGUUUUCCUUUGAAAGAACUUGGUGAGGAGGUCAUCGAAGGGGAUGAAUUGAGUGAUUCAUCUUCCUCCGGUUCGGAGAAUGAGGAGGAGACCCAUCACGAAAGUGAGGAGAGUGCUUGUGAGAAGCUCUUGGGCCAAUGGCAGCCCGCCACUGUCGAGCCGAUGGAAGAAAAGGUCUUUGUGAGGCACCGCAUUUCCAGGUGCAUCCAUGCAUUGGCUGAUGAGACAGGUGCCCUCAAGUUACACAAGCAGGCACGCGUUGAGCCGUGCAGCACUGCCUCUGAGAUUCAGGUGCGAUAUUGCCUAACCAGGCGUGCUUUGGCGAUGGAACAAGCCAACAUUGUCAGUUUCCAAAACAUGGAAGCAUGGUCUGAAAAGAUGAUGCAAGCAAGGCUUGAGGAACCACCGGCUAAUUACGUGAAAACUUCAAUGAAACAGCUUGAAUCUGCAGAUCGAAAAUUGUUUCUCCUGAUCAGCGAGAAGACCCGAGAAGGCAUCAAGUGCAAUGCUCAAGGCCGUCCCAUUGACGCCGUCUUCAAGCAGUGCAUGGAGAGCUCAGAGGUGUUGUCAUUGCUGCAACCGAGACCUGGAGGAGGCGGGCCAACAACCAGGCCAUCAGAGGGCCCUGCGGCAGGUGAACCGCCUGCCAAAAGAAUCAAAGGUCAAAGCCGUGAACGGAGCGAAGUUUUUGCUGGCUUAAUGGAUUCUUUACAGUUGUAUUGCGAUGGUCAACAUGAACACCUUCCAUGGGGCAUUGCAGAGGAUGGAGCUUUUAGCACUUCGCAUGAAGCCGAGUAUCCCAAAGCUUUAUGUGUCAGAUAUGCCGAAAUUUUUCAUGAACUGUGCCGUGCCCGCGGCAUUGUGCCAGUACAGCAGGCAAGCGACGAAGUGCAAAAGCUGGCGCCCAAUCAACAGCCCAAAGGUCGCAAGCUGCCGCAGUUGAUACCCGAGUUUUCUUUUACAAAAACAAUGCAAGUGGACAAGCUGCCCCAGGUUGACCACAAAGGUUGCUUACUUCAUCACAUGCAAGGAGUUCCUGCCGGCAGCAAACUGUUGAGAACUGAAGCGAAAAGGGGAUCAACUCUUUGUGUUUUUGGUGUGUACCGUUCUUUUGCUGAAUUUACACAUGUUGCAAAACUGUUAUGGCAUCCAUAUGAUGAGCUGAAGAACUUGCCCGGAGAUUUAAUACGAGUUCUUUUCCAACACUUGAGUCAAGCACCAGACGUAGUGACACGAAGUCGCAUCAAGAUUUUGUCUGAAUGGGCGAGUCGUGCGAAAGCCCUGAAUGCUUUGGAAGAACAGUUGAAGCUUGACAUGGAUGCCGACGUUGCAAAAAUCAUGGCGCCCAAGCGCGUUCUCCUCAUGCGAUCCAUUGCAAUGGACAUGAGCUGGCCAGACAUGGGGCUCUUUGACGAGUUCACUGAAGGUUUCAAAAUAGUAGGCCCUGUGUCUGAAUCCGGAGUUUUCAAGCCUGGUGUCACUUUGGCUCAGAUGUCCCCCCAGCAGUUAAGGGACAAAACAAAGUUUUUGAAGCCCAUGAUACUUGGGAGAGCCAAGCUUGGAGAUGGGAACGAGCUGCAACAGCAACUGUACGAUACAACUGUUGAGGAGACCCAGAAUAAAAACUGGCUUGAAGGCCCAUUCUCCCCCGAGGAGAUCGAAUCUAAGCUGGGAAGGGAGUGGUUGCCUGUAAGGCGCUUUGCAGUGCUGCAGCGUGAGAAGCUGCGGCCCAUCGACGAUUUCAAGGAGAAUCAGGUGAAUCAGACAUUUGCAAGCACGGAAAAGUUGGAGUUAAGGACAAUGGACCAUACGCUGUGGUCCCUCUUCACCAUUCUGAAAUUUCUUCUUUUCGAUGGGCGGCUUGACUUCACCCUGGAAUCAGGGGAACGCUUGACUGGAGAAGUGCGCCAUGCAUGGAAAGGUGUGGAGCCGAACUUCAAGGCAUCUUGCAUUGACUUAAAGUCUGCGUACAAACAAUUCCCUUUGCAUGAGGAAAAUCACAAGGACGCAGUGGUGACACUGUGGAACCCUCCCAAGAGGAGGGUAGACUGCUUCAUCAUGAAGGUGCUGCCGUUUGGAGCCACAGCCAGUGUACAUCAUUUUCUUAGAGUCAGCGCUUUCCUGCAGGCAAUUGGAAGAUUCAUGGGUUUGAUUUGGUCGGCAUUUUUCGACGACUUUGUCGUACUCAGCCAUGCAAUGCACGAGGCCAGCACCAUGACAUCGGCCUUGACUCUUCUUGACUUGUUGGGUUUUCAGUAUAGCAAGGACAAGCUGCAGCCCUUCAGUGACAAAACAGAGAUGCUGGGAGUGGAGCUCAAUUUGGUUGAUGGGAAGAACGGCAUUGUCGAAGUCAGGAACAAGGCUUCGCGAGCGAAUGAGCUGUGCGAUGUUUUGGAUCGAAUCCUGCAGUCUAAGAAAGUGGUAGUCAAGGAACUUCCAUCAACCUUGGGCAAGCUUCAAUUUGCGGAAGGUCAACUAUGGGGAAGAACUGGACGGCUGGCGUUGUCCGAACUAAGGAGGCAUGAGAAGUCGGGGUGCGCUGAAGCAUUGCUGGAUCAGCGUAGCAUCGACGCUGCACACAUGUUGUUUGAGAAGAUGAAAAACGGAAAGCCUCGGACAAUUCGCAUCACUCCGAGAUCAAAACCUUUCUUGCUUUUCACUGAUGGGGCGUUGGAAUACGAAUCUUCUGGAAAACCAACAGCUGGCAUAGGAGCCGUACUGUUGUGUCCUGAUGGGAGACAACUUGUGUUUGGAACCAAGGUUGAAGACGAAACACUGAAGCGGUGGCAGGUUGAUGGAAAAUCUCAUGUGGUUGGUUUGGUAGAACUUUAUGCAGCGGUCACCGCUUUCAAUACCUGGGCUGACAUUCUGCAAGACCAGCGUUUGAUUUGCUUCACCGACAGUUGGCCGGUGCUUGAUGCUUUGGUGAAAGGAAAUUCUCCCGUUGAUGAAUGGCGGGCUAAAAGAACUCGAGAUGGGGGCAGCCUACAAGAGCCAACUCCCAUCCGAACUGAUAAUGAAGCAGAUCUCGUUUUCUUUACAGAUGCAAAGGCUACAGAGCAGGGUGCUUGGAUAGGAGAAAGCUGGGCACCGUGGCUUUUUGUUCGUAAAGACCCAAAACGGGUAAUAGCAGCUUUGGAACUAUUGGCUACGUUGGUGGCUGUCAGACUUUGGGCAAAUGGACUACAGAGAGGUGGCAAGGGCCGGUGUUGGGUGAGAGCUGGUACAGAUAACCAAGGAAAUUCUUAUGCAGUCAGCCGGUUGAUGAGUACAAAAUAUCCACUCACGGUGCUGAUCAUGGAGCUCUCAGAGACCCUUCGUGCCCGGAAUUGCGAACUAGAUCUUCAAUGGAUUCCGAGAGAGAAAAACCAACUUGCAGACGAUUUGACAAAUCAGGUUUUCACGAAAUUUCCCAUGGAUUGCCGUGUGCAGUUUGUUGGUGGGGACACCAAAUGGUUGGUCCUCAGUGAACUUAUGGAAAAGGCCAAUGAGUUUCACAUGGAGCUGGCAGCGGAGAAGAAACGUAAGGUCGCCGAGCUGGUAAAGACAAGGAAGGCCAAAAAGCAAAAGCUUUUGGAGCCGUGGUGA